AUGAAAUCCCCAAUCUCCGCCAUCGUCCUCCUUCCGCUCGCCCUGAACGCCGCAGCCGCCGCCCCGGCGGAAGACAGCAGCAGCCUCCAGGCCCGCGGCAGUGGCGGAGACAAGACUUCCAACUCCUGCCAGGUCCGCGUGUCCUACCCCUACUACAAGUUCCCCUGCGCGUCGAGCCCGGAGAACGGGACGUCCAUUCUCGGGGCGACGUUCACUUCGUUCUGUUACUAUGAGAACGGCGAGGAGUCCGGCAAGUGGUUCAAGACACCCCGUGGGUGGGUCAGGGAUGAGGAUAAGCCCAAGCGGUGCGGUAUGUUCUUCAUCUUCCUUGUUUUGGGUGGACAGCGAAAGGAGAAGUAG